UAUGUAGAUCUUAGCAUACAAUUCAUCGGCGCCUCCGGACUACCCAAGAUGGAUGUCGUGGGUUCUGGGGAUCCCUACUUUGUUGCAGAGUUGGAUGGCAAGAUAAAGUACAUAUCGACCGUUCAACUGGAUACCCUUAACCCGGUGUGGAACGAGUUGUGGUUGGUCAAGAACGUACCGGUCACUGCUGUUUUGAAUGUUCAAGUACUUGAUAAGGACAACGGGCCAACCGACGAUUAUAUUGGGAAAUUUUCGAUUUCCGUAUCUGCCGGAGCGAAAGAGGCAGAGAUCGAAGGACCCGUGCUCAAACGCACGAAAGGGACCUUUUGGUUGAAGAUUGAAUCGAACCCGCCCACUAACCCAGAAGUGCCUCCCUACACAUUCGACGGGCCCAUUCGCUUUUCGCGCCACUUCUCUCCAACCGUCGGGCGCCUCACGAAUCUUAACGACGAACGACUCUACUCAACCUGGAAGAUGUACAUCAAAGGCGUUCCCCUCUUCUUCGGUGACACGGUGCAGCCAUGGAAUCACUCUUACAAAGCCGCCCAGUCAAUUUUCGGCGUGGGGCCGGCGUCCCUUGCUGUGCGCUCGGGUAUACAGGCUGGCCAUCGCAUGCUGUACGCACGCAGUACAACAAACGGGUUCGGUACGAUCAACAGCCCAGAGGAGAUCAUAGGCAUCUUCCACGGCGGCAGCACCACGCUCGGCAGCCGCACGCUCGCGCAGCAUCGCAUCAAGCCUGCCGUCUACACGUAUGUGAUCGCCGUCGAAGACUCCUCGUUCCGCUUCUCCGAGACAGGCGCGGCGUUCUUCGUAGACUUUGCCUCGAAGCACGCGCUCCACGCAAACUGUGCCGAGUCCGUGCGCUACAGCGGCGAGUUC